AGCCAGCAGGCACGAAAAGCGGAACAGGUAGAGGCAACAGCAACAUGCAUGUGAUACUCCGGAUGGUUGUGAACGUUGUGUUUGGCCCCUUUGUGGCUGCGCAGUACCACUUCCCCUUUGGCUCUGAUCAGAUCGAAGGCCUUGCGGGAGUCCGGCCGACGUCGAGCUCGUCGUCGACGGCCUCGUACAGCUUUGACCGCCCCACUUCAAGCUCGUCGUCAGAACCUGCGUCGUCGGAGCUCCCGCAGCGGCUAGUGAGCAUGUACCCGGAGCAAUCAGCCACCAUGUCGUCGCUGCGCUCGCGCGGCAAGGCAGCCAUCACUGCAGAGGUCCUGCUGAAGGGUCUCCACCGCGACCGCCCUGUCGUAGAGUACGACGGCGACCGGCGCAAGAUCCGCGACUACCACGUCACCGUCUUUAACGCUUCGCGCAAGCUCCACCUGCUCUACCCGCAGUCGGAUGCGCCCGACGCGCUCCCCCGCCCAUGGUACGCCCGCAUCCGCUGGGGCAACAUCGGCAUGCUUUUUGCCCUCCUCUGGCUCCACCUUCUCUUCCUCGCUUUUCCACUCGGUGACGACGUGCCGUGGCAAGGCAAAGUGGUCAACUCGUACAUGCGCUCAACCUUUCAAGUCCUCACGCUCUCGGCCCAGCAGGCCUCGUCUGAGCUUCAGUGGGCCUCAAUCGCCUUUAUCGGUGCCCUCAUCACCGCCUUUCUCAUCACCCACGCCUACCUCUUUACACGCGUCCAGGACCUGUUCCUCUCCGGCCCCGCCGCCGCUGACUCGGCCUCGGCCUCACCGCAGCCCUCGCCAGACCGUGAGCCACCAAGCCCGCCACCGUCCAUCAACCGCGCCAUCGCCACCAUGUCCUCGUUUCCAGACCUCCGCGUUGCCACUCUCCGCGCCUCGGGUGCCGCCAUCGUCAAGCCGCCGCCGGCCGCAGUGAGCUCGGCCGACGAGCAGCAGGAGGAGCCCGUGCUCAGGUCGUCUCCGCGAGCAAACCCAGACGCCGGCCCGCACCUCACUGUCAACACCUCGCUACGCCGCAGUAGCAGCGAUGGCUCCGCCGGUGAGCUCACACGCUCGAUCCGGACCUUCAACGUGACCACCGCCAUGAAGUGGGUCUUUAAGCCCGAGCCGACGGUCAUGCUUGUCGCCAUGCUCAUUUUCUCGCGCAACUUUGCUGCCGUUACCUCGUGCGUUCCGCUCGACGGACAGGACCCAUCCGACACCCGGCUCUACCUCCACUUUGACCCGGAGGUCCAGUGCUUUGCCGGCAUGCACCGCAUCUACUUUGUGGCCACUCUCUACGCCCUGCUCUUCUCAUACCCGCUCUUCCUCGCCGACGCGCUCCACGUCUACUUUGCCGACCUUCUCGAGUUCGACGGGCUUGAGCCCAAGUAUGCGCCACAGGCCAUCGUGCUUGAGAAGAUCAUCGUCACUAUCCUCGGCGCCAUCUCGGUCACCUGGUCCGACUCGCCGGCUCGCCGGCUGUGGUUCUUUAAGGCUGCCGUGCUGGCCGUCAUGGUCAUCACUGCCGUGACCCGGGCCAAGGACUACCGCUGCCUCCUUCGUCCGGGUCAAAACCUCGAGUACGGCCGCUCGGGCGUUUUCCUCGCCUGUUCUGUCGCCUGGGUCGUCAUCCUUCGCCUCUUUCUCUUCCUCCUUGCGCUCUGCUCGGGCGUGGCCGCGCAGACCGCGGUGGCGCUCGACGAUCCGUCGUCAAGUUUUCCCACCCUUGUCUUCUCGGUUCUACUUGUCAUCUCGGUCGCCGUCUUCGCUGCCAUCUCCAUCUGGUGGUACCGCCGCGAGACGCCGUUUGAGCACGCCAUGGAAGACGACCCGCCAGUCACCUACUACCAGUACCGCGGAGGCUGGCGCUCGCCGACCUCGGCCAUCGUCGCCGCCGACGCCGGCGCCUCGCCGGUCGACACCCUCGACGACGGCGGGCCCAUCGCAAAAGUUGCUCUCGACCUCAAGCCGCGUUCGCUCGUCCAGCAGCGCGUCUCGUCGGUCGGUCUCGAGCUCGGUGCGUCCUCUACCGCGGCUCAGUUCCAGCCCAUGAGCUCGCAAAGCUCGCCAGUCUCACUCGCCUCCUUUGGCGCCUUUGCCCACACCUCGUCUCGCCUUAAGCUUUCACCGCUCGUCACCCUCGCCACCCACGCUGGCCUCGACGCUACCCAGGAAUCGGACGCCCACUCAUCGCGCCCGCCGUCGCCGCGCUGGCCUGAACCUCCGCGAUGGGUCUAGCUUUACUAUUGUAGUCGCACACACCCCGCGCGAGCGCUGUGGUACCCUCGGCUGCUUACCUUCAUCGUACCACCUUGAGGUCGGCCACAAACUCGAGGUCCAUGGCCGAAAAGACCACCACCUCGAAGUAGUUGUCGCUAUCGGCCAUGGCCUCCCCAAUCUUGGCGUAGAGCUGAGUCUCGGGCUCGACCCGCAGAUCCGACCGCUCUUCGUCGCGCGAGUCCAUGACCGUGAGGAAG